GCAAAACCCUAACCCCACUUCUUCCGUCUUCUUCUGCAAUAAUUAUCCGAUAAAGAGUUUGGAAGGAAAGAGAUUGGGAUCGAAUCAUUCAAUUCAAGUCUCUCUGCCACUCCUGAAUUCUUCCUUAAACAUUUCAUCUUAACUAUGUUUCUCAUUUCAGUUCUGAGCUUCGGAUUCAAUAUAAUUGCUUUGAAGCGGUUCUGUUUGUUCCAGCCACAGUUGGUUUCCCUGUCUGCUGUUCCCUUGUACAGUCUUCAUCUGUAGAAGACAAUCCAAACCAGAAUAUACCCUUUUUUUAUAUUAAUUUUUAUUUAAAUUCAUUCUUUACUCACAUUUCCAGUAUAUACACUUCAGAUUGUGGCUAGCUGUUACUAUUUUCAGGGUUUGAACAAUCAUUAAUGGUGCAGGGUCUGCAAAAUGAGAUGAGAUUGAAAUGAAAUUUUGGGUAUAGGGUGAACUCCAUUUCCCGCCAGUAUUAAUUUUCAAAAUUUUCCUACCGAUUAGACGUGGUUGUUUGUUGAUGUGGCUAUUUUGUUGAUUAAUAUGGAGAGAUUCUCUUAUAAAGAUCAUAUUCUGGUGGGAUUGGAGUACGGUAGUCAAUGGAGAUCAGUUGGGAAUCCCAGUUCUUCACCAAAGACUCCAUCCAGAAACUCCGAUGUGGAUUUCAGUGACGUAUUUGGUGGCCCUCCAAGGCGUUCUUCAGUCCAUGAAUUUCGGCGCAGUGAUGGUGAUACUCUGGAUUCCUAUGCGUAUGGAGAAGAAAGAGGAGAAGGAGAAGAAGCACUUGCCUCUUGCAGUUCAUGGUCUUUUCUGAGCGAGAAGCCGGUUUUUGGUGAGGAAGGUCUGGUCCGGAGGAGAUACCCGAGCCAUGAUUUCUUCAAUGAUAUUUUUCGAGGUGACGAGUCUUCAAGCUCAACUUCUAGAAAGCCUGAUUGGGAUUCUUUCUCUUCAACGCCAGCUUCUAGGAUACAAAGCCCUGUCCGCCCAUUGGCAUCCAAACUCGAAACUUUGGGCCCUUCAUCACUCCCUACACAGCUCAGCCUUCCUCCAAAGUUGGCCAAAGGGAUGGACUUUCUGGAGUACAAUACUUCUACUAGUGGUAAUUCAUACAGAAACAAGGACGGUGCUUCAAAUGCUGGUUUUCCAUCUUUGCCAGAAGCUUUCAUCUCUAGAGCUUCAAACCAAGUGAUCCAUGGACAAGAUGACUUGAAAAACGAUGCUCGGCUCUCUUAUCGUCAAAGUCCCUUAUCACAUGAGUUCUCUCUUUACAAUGAGGAGUCAUCAAAAGCCUCUAGGUUUGGUAACAAAGACAGAAGAGGACACUUGAAAAAAGAAACUAGUAGUCCAGAAAUGCACGAGGAACAAUUUCACUUCUCUAUAUAUAAAUGGGCAAGCAAAGGAGUGCCACUAGUCAUGCCUUUUAAGGGAGGAAAUAGAUCAAGCUCAAAAGAUAGGGGUAAUGACUCGAGUAGCUCAAGCUCAAGGGAAAAGAGCAAAAGUGAGAUAGUAGAAAGUGAAUUAUCUGUUGAAUUUCCAUCUCUAAAUGAUAGAAUCUCGUCAGUGAACAGCUCAUUUCACAUGGAAUAUGGAAAGCAAGGCAGCAUUUCAGUUCUCAAUACAGUGACCAAAGAUAGAACAGAUUCAGUUAGAUCUACCGAGAAAGCAGCAUAUCCCAAACCUGACAGAGAUCUGUUUCAAAGUAUUAACACAGAAGUCCCUCAUAGCUUCACCAUGCAGAAAGAAGGAAAAGAAACUAAUCAUUUUACGGGUGUGUCUGGUUCUUCACCUGACAAAGGCUUACAUGGAGGCAUAAAAAGAGAGGCACAUAUCUCCAUGCAAGAAAAAGGCAAAUCUGAACCAAAAUCUUUGCAUUCCCUGUUCCACAACAUUUAUGAUGGACAAGAGAAGGACGGGAUGGUUAGACAGGCUGAAGGGAAAGAAGACAAAGAAGGCACAGUUAAGACUGUUGAUGUAUCAUCUGGAAAUAUUGGCGGUGAUAGAAGGUUUGAGAAACAAGAUAAUAGAAACAUGUUUGAUCUUGCAGCUAACAGUGGCUUGCAAGGUACACGAGAAAACUCAAGAGACAAAGUUGGAGGAAACAAAGUCAAGGGAAAGGUCAAAGAAUUUGUCAAAAUUUUCAAUCAAGAAGCUCCUCCAAAACACAUGACUAAUGUCGUCACACAAGGUCAUAGCUCUGGAGGGAAAGAGAAGGGUGCAAGUAAAGCAGAUGAUGGAGCACGCAUUUGUGCAAGCAAGGCAGAUGGGAAAGAGAACAUGACCAAUGUGAAAAGCAACAAAACAUCGACAAAUGGCCAUGCCAUGGUGGAUAGAACUCUAAAACAACCAGAGAAAUCACAUUUUGUUAACACCACCUAUAAAUCUAAGGAUAUUUUCUCUGGAAGGACUGAUAACUCAGCAUCACGCUCUGAAACUAUUCCUGCAAGUUUUGAGGCACCACUUUGGAGUGUAGAGGAAUUUCAUCGUGAAGAUAUUCAAGGGAGCUACCUGGUAGAAGAACCAUCUCCUAACCAAAACAGACAACAAGAAGUUGUUGAGAAUCAUGAAGAAAUCCAAAUUUCAGAUGCCAGAAUACGACAGUGGUCAAAUGGAAAGGAAGCGAACAUCCGAGCACUGCUAUCAACUCUACAAUAUGUUCUUUGGCCUGAGAGUGGAUGGAAGCCUGUUCCCCUUGUCAAUAUAAUUGAAGGAAGUUCCGUGAAGAGAGCCUAUCAAAAAGCAUUACUAUGCCUGCACCCAGAUAAGCUACAACAGAAGGGUGCUGCAACCCAACAAAAAUACAUCGCUGAAAAGGUCUUUGACAUUUUGCAGAUUCAAGGGAAAUAUCUAGAUACUUCAUUGCUAUAUUGGUGGACUCCUAUUUCAGAAAUUGCAAUUAUUUGCGUUCCAUGUUCCAGAGGUUUAAUGAUUUGAUGUUUGGCUUUUUAGUUCCAACUGAUCAGGGCAGCCUCCUAUCCAAAUUAUCUAGUCAUAGAUGAUGAUUACUGCCAAUCUUACUUACCCAUGAUUUGUUCUUUGUGUAGUUCACUUUUUGAAUGACAAAGUAUACUGGGUUAAUUUUUUUUC